GGGUUUAAUACUAGGAAACAGAUACCAAUAUUUCCAACUUUAACCCCCCUCCACAUACUCACACCCACACAUAUCUCUCAAAAUGCGAACCUCACCCCUCCUCUUCCUCUCCGGCCUCACCGCCGCCGCCCCCGCAACACUCACAACCCGCGAAGCCCCCUCGCCUCCUCCCCGCAUCGUCUCCGUCUCCUACUCCGGCAGCGGGUGUCCGUCCGCAUCGCCCGCCGUCGACCGCACCGGCGGGUUCGAGGACAUCGCGCUGCGCAUGAAUUCCUUCGAGGCCCGCACCACGACCGCCGCCGACAGCUCCGUCAACUGCCAGGCGCAUCUGUCUAUUGCGGGCAGCGCGGCCGGCUGGCAGGUCGGGGUUAAGGAUGUUUAUGUGAAAGGACAUUUGGUUCUGGACCCUGGGGCUAGUCUGGAUUAUUAUGUUACGAGCUUUUGGAGCGAGGAUGCUGGGAGGACGACCACAAUCAAGGGCUCCCUCGCAAAUAACGGCGGCGGCCAGCUAAACCAGGACAUCGAGGCGCGGAGCACAGUCCCCGACGGCCAGGUCGUGUACUCACCGUGCACAGGCGCCAGGGGCGAUGUCGGCUUGCUGAAUGUGAACUUCCGCGUCGCGCUCCAGGCGGCGGGGACCCAGUACGGGUAUUUCGGCAAGGACCCUGAUACUACGGCUUCCGAGAGCUGGAGUUACGUGUGGCGGCGGUGCUAGGUUUCUUUUUAUAGUUAGGUAGGUAGGUACUUAAUUUCGGGUUGGUAGGGCAUGAUGUGGAGAUGAAGAUACCUUUUUGCAUGGUGGCUGUUU